CAAUGAUUGGUGGUUGAAGAGCUCUUUACUAAAGGCAGCACAUGGUCUACCAUCUGAGGAACAACAACCAUUUGAACAUUUGGAUGAAAAGCAGGAAGUUAAGAAAAAGUUGUUCUCCAACUUUUAUCGAUUAGUCCAAAAGUCUGAAGGAAGUAUGGAUCAUUUGUCUUUGUUAAGUGCUGGUCUUGAUGAUUUGGAACAGCAUAUGUUUGGAAAUUGUGCAGCACCUUCAGUCAUUGAAAAGAAGAAGAUGGUUGAGGAUUUUUAUGGAAUGGCAGUACCUGAUGUAAUUGAUGUACAUCCUCCAGACGUUGUUAGUACUAAAGGAUCAGCUAGUGGCAAAGUAGCAAAGAGGCAGAGUGCAAUAAGGAAAGCAAAUAAGCCUCUACGACGGUGUGGUAAAUGUCAUGAGAUGGGUCGUCAUGAUUCAAGAAAUUGUGGUAGAGUCAAUGAGAAGUCAGAUUGAAGCCAUUUGAUAUAGUUUAGGUAUUUUAGGUGUAUAAAAUGACAUUUUGGCUGAUAAACUCAUUCUUUUGUUUAUAAACUGAUAAAAUGAUACUUUAACCUGAAAAAAUGACAUCAAAAAUGAUA